GCGCUGCUGCCGUUUGAAUGAGGCUGGGCCGGGGCCGCGGUGCCGGGCGCGGCGGGAGGCGGGCCGGGGGCAGGGCCGGAGCGGCGGCGGCGAUAGGCUGCGGCCAUGCGGAGCGCCACGGGGCUGCUGCUGGCGCUGGGCGCCACGGGGGUGCUGCUUCUACGCCUCCUCCUCCUCCUGCCGCGGCGGGCCCGCCGCGCCCUGCCCGCUGAAGGGAAGGCGGUGCUAAUAACAGGCUGUGACAAAGGUUUUGGACAUGCCUUGGCAAAAUGCCUUCAUGCAAAGGGAUUUACUGUUUUUGCUGGAUGCUUGCUCAUGGAUAAGAAUGGAGAUGGAGCCAGGGAGCUGAGGAACAUGAAGUCUGACCGGAUGAAAGUGCUACAGAUGGAUGUGUGCAGUGACCAGGAGGUGGCUCAGGCCGUGGAUUUUGUGAAGAGGACCCUAAAGGAGCCAGAAGAAGGUCUGUGGGGCCUAGUGAACAACGCUGGCAUCUCAACCUUUGGAGAGGUGGAAUUUGCAAGUUUAGAGAACUACAAGAAGGUGGCAGAGGUCAACCUAUGGGGCACUGUGAGGGUGACAAAAGCUUUCCUGCCCCUCAUUCGCAGAGCCAAAGGCCGUGUGGUGAAUAUCACGAGCAUGUUGGGACGCAUGGUGAGUCCAUCUCGCUCCUGCUACUGCGUUUCCAAGUUUGGGGUGGCAGCGUUCUCCGACUGCCUGAGGCAGGAGAUGUACCGCUGGGGGGUCCGCGUCGUCCUCAUCGAGCCCAGUAACUUCGUGGCAGCCACCGGCAUCCUGACGGCAGCCAGCAUCGACAGGCAGGCCGAGGCUCUGUGGAGUGGGGCCACCGACACGGUGCGGGAGGACUAUGGCAGCGAGUACUUCACUCAGCACGUGGCCAUGAUGAAAUCCUUUGUGAACAGUGGCCUGAAGGACAUGUCUCUGGUCUUGAAUGACAUCACCGAAGCGCUCAUGUCCCCGUGCCCGAAGAACCGCUACAACCCCAUGGAGACCUACUGGUGGGUGAGGCUGCAGGUCAUGACCCACCUGCCCACAGCCAUUGCCGACUGGCUUUACAUCCCUGGAGCCACCCUGUAAACAGGCAUCCUUCAGGCAUCCCUCCAGGGCUCCUACUCACACCCAGGCUAGGGCUGACCUCUGCACUCCUUGCUGCUGUCUCCCCUGGAGAUGCAUAUGCUUCCACUUUUUUCAAGUCGUGUGUUGUGGAAUGCUAGAACAGCAUGGUUUUUUUUGGUUUUUUUUUUUCCCUCACUCUUGUUGUUUGUAUUUCUUGCUGUGCUGAUUAAAGUUGAAAGGUGUUUUCCUUUUAACUAUGGAGGAAGCAGAGGAAGGUAAAUAUAAUAUGUCAAAUAUGUCGCUAGUGUAAUUAGGUCAGCAGAUAAAUUUGGCUUAUUAAUGGGCUCGGGCUUUUUCUUACAAGGACAAACUGCUAAUAGCAGAACAAAGCUGUUGCUAUGAGAUGGCUUGAAGGGAGAAACUAAAAUGGGAAACAAAAGCAGAGUUUUCCAUUUGAUUGAAAAUGGGUCAGUCACAGCCUUCCAUUGUUUUCCUGAUACUGCCAAGAAGCUCUGCUGUGCUGUUACUGUCUGCUCUUUCCAGGGAAACAGCAACACUGCCUCUAAACAGCCUCAUUACCUAGCUGCAAAGAAGGAUUCUUUCCUCCCAGCACUGUGGCCAGGAGGUGCCAGACUGGGCACAUGAUGGGCAGUGAAAAGCCCUGCUAAUAGUGAGGUCUGAGCCAUCUCUCAGCAGCCGCUCUCCACCUCCGGCUGCUGAGUUUUGGGGGACAGGGUUUAAGCUGAUGUAGCAAACAAAUUUGGCUUCUCAGACUUUACGUGCCUGAACUACUCAACUGUGAUACAGACAUUGUCCAGCCAUCCCCUGGCUGGUGAGGGAGAUGCUGUUGGCUUUUCCGAAUCAGUUUUUUCCUUUAUCCUCUGCAUUUGGACAGCGAUGGAGCACUGUGCAGCUAGUGUGGCCUGACUAUGAGCUCUGGAAGGAUGCUUUAAGGGACACAUUUCCUAUUUUUAAUAUUGCACAAUGAAAUCUCCAUGUCACACAAUCAUCUUCUCAAUCCACCUCUUGAUAACUGAUAUGAUAUAUCUUGCCCAGUAUCCCAAAGGGUCUGUUGGCUGCAUGCAGGAUUUUGGUAAUGUUUUCUAAGUGCAUGGCUGCCUGCCAUGCCCCAUUCCCUGUGUUCCAGUGGUGACCACUGGUGGAGUAGCCAGCGAGCUGCAGGUGCCGCUGGCCAGGCUGGGACCUGAGCCUCUUACUCUUAGAGACCAGCUUUUCCUUCCACUCUUUUGCCUUAUGUGAGAUUAAGUGGCUGUGAAACGAGCUUAUUGAUUGCUCUUUCUUCAUCUGUCUCUGCUAGCUCUGACUUGGAAACUGUGCCUUAAACUUUUUGUAUGCCUCUGUCUGCAAAUUCUUGGAGUCUCCAUGCAGCCAUGAAUGCUGUGAUGCCUUCAGGAGGAAAGCAGGUUUCCCUUGGAGAUGCUGUCAAGGCAGCUUGUCUUACAAGUAACUACUGCUAGAAAUACUGCUGUGCAGUUUGUGUCUUUUCCAGAUCAUCUGCACAUGGAGAUUUCCUGGGAUUCAGAACCCAGAAGGAUCCCACUGAACUGCAGCUUAAACAGUAAUCACUUCUACCCCCUGCACUGUGAAAAGUGAUUAAUGUUAAGUAGCUCUGAUUUGCACAGAGAAAAAAAUAAACUGUAAGAUUUUAAAAGCAUA